AUCAGCUUCUAAAUUUCAACAAAUUUUUAGGCAUCGAUCCUGCUCAGCUUCUGAAAGUGUUCAUUAAUGAUUUUACAAAGAGUGCUGCUUUUAUAGAGUUUGCUCUAAGAAGGGUGUCGGGCACAUCACGCUCGGUACUUCUUGCGACAAUUCUGGAGUUACGCCUACGAGAUUAUGCCGAAGGCAAUAUAGAAGAUGCAAAAUGUGAAGAACUGCUGAUCCCGUUCAUAGAAGAGGAGAACAUGACUGAAGCACUGCAUCUCGCGCGAGUUUUUCAUUGCUUCCCCGUUGUGCAACACAUUUUGAAAAAAACAGGCCGAACAAAAGAACUCAUACAGUACUACUUAAAGAAUGGCAAAAUCAAAGAAGUCGUCGAAUUGUGCAAGAAUGAAAAAAAGUCGGAUAUGUGGAUGGAUCUUCUGGUGUACAUCUCCAAGAAAGAAGGGCCUGUAGAUGAGAAAGUGGUGCAAGAGAUGUUGGCAGGAAUUGAAGCAAGUGGAAGUCUACAUCCGUUAGUGGUGCUGGAGAUUCUUUCUCGUAGCAGCACCUUGAAGGUUGCUGCUGUCAAAGAAUACGUCAUCAAAUGGUUAGAUGCGCAGAAAAAGCAGAUCGAAUCUGACCGGAAGGCUAUCUCGGAAGGUGAGAAGCGAAUGCAAGAAAUUGACAAGCAGAUUGAGUCGCUCAAAUUUAAGUGA